GAUAAUGACAACGAAGGGGACGACGAUGAGAUCGACAUCAGCGAUAAUGCCCAAGACAACGUCGAGCUUCCGCUCGUGCUUCUCCUCGUAGUUACGGCCCGUCUUCGUACUCGUUAGCCCGCGCACGGAUCCACUCUAAAUGACGAUGAAUCGAUACAUAACGCUCGAUCAGCUAGGCGACGGCACCUUCGGUUCCGUCGUCCUCGGCGAGCGCAUCGACACCGGCGAGAAGGUCGCCAUCAAGCGCAUGAAGCGCAAGUACUACUCGUGGGAGGAGGCGAUGAACCUGCGUGAAGUCAAGUCCCUCAAGAAGCUCAGCCACGCGAACGUCGUCAAACUCAAGGAGGUCAUACGCGAGAACGAUGUCCUAUACUUCGUGUUCGAGUACAUGAAGGAGAACCUGUACCAGCUUAUGAAGGACAGGGACAAAUUGUUUCCCGAGCCAGUCAUCAAGAACAUGGUACAUCAGGUUCUCCAGGGCUUGGCAUUUAUGCACAAACAUGGCUUCUUUCAUCGCGACAUGAAGCCAGAAAACCUAUUGUGCAUGGGGCCGGAACUCAUAAAAAUUGCCGACUUUGGUUUAGCACGGGAAAUCAGGUCGAGACCACCAUAUACGGAUUACGUUUCGACCAGAUGGUACAGAGCCCCCGAAGUGCUCCUCCACUCGACCAACUAUAACAGUCCGAUCGAUAUAUGGGCGGUGGGCUGCAUAAUGGCGGAGCUAUACACAUUCCGACCCCUCUUCCCGGGCAAGAGCGAGAUCGACGAGAUCUUUAAGAUCUGCUCGGUGAUCGGGACACCGGAGAAGGGCGACUGGCCCGAGGGCUAUCAACUCGCAAUGGCCAUGAACUUCCGAUUUCCGACCAUCAGCAGGACAUCCCUCGGCGUGCUCAUACCCAAUGCCGGCCAGGACGCGGUCCUGCUAAUGGAGGACAUGCUGCAGUGGAAUCCAGCGAAAAGGCCGACCGCACAGCAGUCCCUCAGAUACCAGUACUUCCAGAUAAGCGGGCCACGUCUCGUGAAUAGCAAAAAAAUUGGCGUCAACUCGCAUCGCGAGCUCGUCAUUAACAAAGUGAACAUACCGUCGCCCACAGCCCAGGACAGCGGUUUGCCGUAUGCCAAUGGGCACGAAUCGAAGCCGGGGCACGAGAUCCUCGGCUCGAUCGUCCAGCAAACCAGAUUUCCAGAUAAAAUGCAGAGGGUAACGAUCCAGCCGGCCCCACAGCUCCAGCAGUCCGGACUUCCGUUCCUCAACCAUAAUAGUCGCAAGAGGGACAAUAGCAACGCGAUAAAGAAGCGGGAGGAGGAUGAGAUCGCCAGUGCCGUUUUGGGAAAUAUUUUCAACACCAACGAGAGCAAAUCCCGUCUGUUACCGGAUCGCAUCUACAAGGAGAACCGGGUGAAUUGGAACGGCAAUUACCUGGUGAAUCAGGUGACGGAGGUGUCGAUACCGAAGCAGGCCAGCCCCAAUUGGCCAUCCUGGUACGAGCAGCAGAUGCACGCGAAUCGCUCCUGGAGCAACAACAGCUGCCUCUUGAGCAACGGCCUGUCGAAUCACCGUCCGCUCGGCAACGGUCGGCGCAUAUCGGCCAAACUUCCCGCCCGCUACGUCAUCGCCCAGUCGCCCAGCCAACUGCCAUCUAGAACCAAUAGCGAAUCGAGGUCUCGGGGUGGUCAAGCAGCGAAUGGCGCAGCCGGCAAAACAAAUCCUGGCGGGGAAGUCGAGAAAGUCGUCGACUCCCUCUGGACGAGCAAAAGCAAAGAGCAGCCAGACAACGAGACGCGUCAGCAUUUCCUCCCGAGAAAUCGCUACAUCAUCGAGCAAAACGCGAGGUUACCUUAUCCGAGCGUUUACGGCACUCAAAGUAUCAGUAAGCAGAAUAGUUCAUCGGUUUUUGCACGAGAGCCUGGAAAUAAAUCGCUGCUUAAUAGUAUAUUGAACACGCGAGCCAAUGGUGGAAUGCAGGUACGAGCCGAUUGGCCAUCCAAAUACUUCAAGUGA